GCAUGCACCAAAACCAGCACAACAACCACCUCCACAACCAGCACAACAACCAACACAACAACCAGCACAGCAACCAACAGUUCAAAACCCUGCACAACAACAACCACAAACAGAGCAAGGACAUAA